AUGCUGACGGACGCAUCGCUGGCCGAGCUCGCGGGCCACAUGCGCGCGCUCCUGCGCGAUGGCGAGGCCGAGUCCGUGGCCGCGCUCGGGAGCCUCCUCUGCUCGCAGGCCCACGGCUCGCAGCAGCGCCGGCUCGACGACCACCCGGCCAUCUACGCGCUGUACGCGGACGCGCUCGUCGCCAAGGCCGAGCACAAGCGGGCGCUCCGCUACUUUGCCAUGUACCUCUCUUCGACGAACGCCGGCGAGGGCACGACCGUGCGCCUCACGAUGGCCAAGUGCUACCGCGAGCUCGGGGACGUCGAGACUGCGCUGCAGACCCUUGAAACGAUUCCCGCGUCGGCGCGGACGCUGCCCGUGUACAUGCUUCUCGGGAAGCUCUUCCGGAGCCAGGGCCAGUACAGGCGCGCCGAGGAGAGCUUUGCCGCCGUUCUCAAGCUCAAUCCGUAUGCGCUGGAGGCCUCCUUGGCCCUCGCCGAGGUUGCUGCACCGAUGGACGUCGAGCGAAAGCCGACAUCGAAAGGCUACUACGACCGACUGCCGCCGGGCGACACCGAGUGGCUCGAGACGCUGCCCGCAGCCCACAACCACGUGAUCGGCUAUCGCCUCCACGCGGGCCUCGAGGCCUUCGCGUCGUUGGAGACGCAGUUUGGGCUGAACGUGCACUGCACGCUGCAGAAGGCCAAGCUCCAAGCCGACCUCGAGUGGCCCGACCUCGCGCUCGCAACCUUUGCUCGCGCUCGGCAGCUGGACGCGACGAACCUCGACUACAUGGACAUGUACGCGCGCCUGCUGCGAGACGCGGGGAGUGCGCCGACCUUGAACAACUUGGUCCGAGAUCUCUUCAGCAUCUCGAUGGAUCGCCCCGAGCCGUGGCUGGCGGCCGCCUGCUACAGCGAGCUAAAGACCGACACGACCGCCGCGCUCCAGCUCGUCGAUCGGGCCAUUGUCGUGGACCCGACGUUUGCACGGAGUUACGUGGCGCGCGGGCGGCUCCUCCUCGCGAUGGACAGAUCCGCGCACGCGGUGAGUGCGUUUGCAAGCGGCAGUCGCUGCGGGCGGAGCCUCGAGGCGUACGAAGGGCUCGUGGAGGGUUACUGCGACCUCUGCCUCAAGGGCGACGACAAGUACCUCGACGCGAUGCACGCUGCGCGCCUCGCAUUGCUCCUCGCGCCGAUGAGCGCCCGCGCAUUGGUCCUCGUCGGCAGCGUCCUCUCGCUGCGGCCCGACCGCCGCGACGAGGCGCGACGCACGUUCGAGAAGGCGCUUGCGGCCAACCCGGAUGCGCUGCGUGCGCACUUGGGCCUCGUGGACCUCUUCCUUCAAGACGACAAUCUUGCAGCUGCCAUCACCACGCUCGAAGGGCUCGUGGCCAAGACGCCGCGCGACGUACUCUUCGCCAAGCUCGGCGACGUCUACGUUCUGAAGCGCGAGUACAACGUCGGGCUGCAGCACUACCACCGCGCGCUGAGUCUCAACAGCAAUCUGUCGUCGGCGCUCUUGGGCCUGGACCGCGUCGAGAAGCUCCUGCGCGGCGAAGACCCGGACGCUGGCUUGAGCACGAUCUCUGCGCUGGACGACGACAUGGACGAGCCAGAGCUGUACUCGGACGUCCCCCGCGUCUAG